UCUGCUCCCACAGAAUUCCGUCGACGAGAUGGAGCGGAAGAAGGAGAAAAUUAUGCUGCUCUCGUUGCAACGGCGGCAGCAAGCCGAGGAAGCCAAAGCCCGCAAAGAGAUCGAAGCCAUGCAGCGGAGGGAGAAGGAACGCGAAAAGGAGGAGGAACGGACACGCAAAAAAGAGGAACAGUUUGCCAGACGGCAGGCCAUCCUCGAAGCGCACAAACUCAAAAAGGCCAUCGAAGAAGCGGAGAGAGAAGGUAAGACCAUCGAUCGGGAACUCCUGAUCAAGCACCAGCAGAGCCAAGCUCAGCUGCAACAGUCCAGCCGAGGAGGAGGAGGCGGACACGACAGUAUGCACCACCAAACCUCAUCGACAUCGUCGGCGGCGGCCAAGAUGCGUCCGCAGAAACUCACCCGGCCGCGACCGAAGACGAUACACGUCGAGACGGGCUCGGUUGACCUGAGCGAAACCUCCAGCCUUAGUAGUCGGGGUAAGAAGGGAUCCAACUCGAAUCUGACCGGAAUCGGCCUGCACAGCUCAAACUCCAUGCGACGAGAUUACUACCGAGGAUCGCAGGACUCAUUAGCGAUAAGAGAAUCACCGGAUGAAUAUCCUAGUAGCAGCUCAACGCCAAUAGGCCGACGGGGUUCCUACAAAACUGGAAGAGAACCGGCGACGAUCGAACGAGGUCGUACCUUAUCACGUAUCUCGCUAGCGAAAGGUGCCAAUUUCCGGGGACGUAAAUCCAACUCCCUGAUGAAUCUAUGCGAUUCCGACUCCGGUCUGGGACGUGCGACGCCGCCGAGACGUGCGCCGUCGCCCGGCAUGGGACCCUCGAGUCGUCAUCUACCAUCGCCGUCGGGCCCCGGUUCGCUACCGCCGGGUCUGAUCACCAAACGGCGCGGCUUCGACGAUGGAUCCAGUGAUAUCUCUUCCACCGCCAGCUCCAUGAUGGACUACAAUGGUCCGAAACUCUACAAACAACCGGCGACCAAGUCGAACCGGGGCAUCAUCCUGAAUGCCGUCGAGUACUGUGUCUUCCCCGGGGCGGUGAACCGCGAGGCCAAACAGAAGGUGCUGGAGAAAAUUGCCCGAUCGGAGGCGAAACACUUCCUGGUGUUGUUCCGGGACGCGGGCUGCCAGUUCCGGGCGCUGUACGGCUACUGGCCGGAGAACGAGCAGAUCAUCAAACUGUACGGAACGGGACCGAGCCAGGUCGACGAUGUGAUGUUCGAUAAGUUCUUCAAAUACAAUUCCGGCGGCAAAUGUUUCUCGCAAGUGCACACCAAACACCUCACCGUGACGAUCGACGCCUUCACGAUACACAACUCGCUGUGGCAGGGCAAGAAGGCGAACCUGCCGAGCAAAAAGGACAUGGCCCUGGUGAUUUGAAGCACUCGCCGCGCCGGCGGUGGCGCCGAUCGCCGACGAUCUGUUACUGCAACAAAAGUGCUAUAAGAAGGAAUUCCUGCGCCUCAGGAAUCUCUCGUUUUUUUUCUUGUUUUUGGCGUUCGCGUUCCAAGGAAGGAGCAUACCUACUCUGUGUGUCAAAACAACAACUAACCUGUACUGCAACAAGCAAACCAGCAAAAAAAAAACAGGAAUGGGACAGUAUUUUUCUUCCUUCCCCGGUAAAUCGUGUCGUCGUGCGUGUAAGUUUGUCUAUUUUUUAUUUUCCGAGGGAAAAGUUUUGCUGCAAUUAUGAUGGGUGACCUCAUGCAACGUGGAUCCGAGGACAAAGGAACAAUGCUCUGGGUAGUGAAUGUGAUUCUGAUCAUCAGCUUAGGGACUAGGGACUGCGCCAAACGAAUUGAGUAGGUUUUCCAGGAGAAACUUGAUUGAUGAGCUAGUACCGCUUGAUUUUCCGCGUUGUCCGUUAUAGAAUCUUAGCAGAGUCAAAGAGCAUCCAGCUCGCCUUUCUUGUGUUUUUUUUCCUCUUUGUAAAAAAAACGUAGCCUUUCUCUUGUAAAAUUCUAACCACACUUUCCGCUGCAUGCUCUGAAUAGUAGGAUAACUCGAACAAUUAACGACUGUUGUACAUAGGCUAUUAUGGAUAUAUCGAUUAUAUUAGUUAGCGCUCUCUUUCUAUUCCUCUAAAGUUACACAGAAAAAAAAAAACAAACGAGUUAAGUUCAUGUUCAUGCGGAAAG